AAAAAAUAAAAUAAAAUUGAAGCUUCCAGCAAUGGGUGCCUCUGAAUCUGCCCUCUCAGGUUCGUCGCCGACGCCGGCCGAUCAAAUCACCACCAUUUCCCAGCGAUCAGAAACGGUCGAUCCCAUUUUAGAGAAGCUUAAAUCCCUCAAAAUUACGUCUCCUAUACUGACGACACCGCCGACGGAGGGUAGCUUAACGGACAUUUUAGUGAGAAAACCGUCGUCGUCUUCAGCUCAAGCUACUGUGAAUCCAAAGGUGUUGCUGGAGCUGUUCUCAAUGUAUCGUGACUGGCAGGAGGAGAAGGUUCAGAAGAUUAGCAAGAAACAGGAAGAGAUUGAAAACAAAAUAGAAGUUGCAGAUGCUUUGGCAGUUAAACUUUUUCAACGUUUUAAUUACUCAGUAUCAGCAAUGAAGACAACUUCACAACAUUUAUCAGAAGUCCACACAUUGCAAGUGGAGCUUGGGGAGCUUAAAGGAAGGUUAACUGAAGUCAUCAGCAAUUGCGACACACUGUGCAAGAGAAUUGCUGCUGAGGGGCCAGAACCUCUUCGAUCAUCUAUCAAGCCAUUUGUAGUUGCCACUGCCAACUCAACAGUAAAUCGUAGCUUAUCUGCAGAGCAAAGGGUUGCAGAUCAAAGUUCAACAUCUGCAGAAGCCAAACUAGACUGACUCUUCUUAUCUCAUCUGUACAUAGUUGACAUAUUCUUUAACCUUAUUUCUUCAUUGAGAUUGAUGUUUAUUUUGUGCCUUAUACAAACAGUGUACUAACAUUUGGAGUGAGCAAAGUUUUGAAUACAGAUUAGAGAGGAAUUUUUUGGAUUAAAUGUGACGGCAGUUGUUGUGGGUUUUGUUUCUUUAGAUUGCCUAUGAAAUCAAGAUUCCUCUAGGGGACUGCAUGUUACCCCUGCCGACAGAAUAUAGUUGUGGAGAGAGGGACCAAUUUUUAAACCUCUCUUUUUCAAAGUAAUAAUCAGGAAAAAGAAAAAGAGGUGAUUCACAUCACCAAAUCAGUCAUUCAAAUCCUCAUCAACAAUUUAGCAGGGCAACAAGACAUUUUGGUUUUCACAAGCUUAUUUGGCCAUGCAUGUCCUUAUCCCUCGACACAUCACGUGAUCUUCUGACCAUGCAGACAUAAGCGGCCU